AUGAAUUGUCAAUUCAGAACGGGAAUCAAGGCAAUGCAAUCCUUACCAGCAACGUCCAACCUUUGUCAUUGUAGUCGUAAACCUGCCGCCUCUGAAAGCACCCGGCCGCUGAUUCUGGUUCAUGGUGGUGCCGGUAAAAUUAAUAAGGAUAGUGUUCCUGAUAUUUUAACAGGUGUCAAAAGUGCCGUUCGAGCAGCUAUAAAUGUCUUAAAGAAUGGUGGAAAUGCCAUUGAUGCAACUGAAGCUGCGGUUCAAUUCAUGGAAGAUAACGAAAAAUUUAAUGCUGGUUACGGUUCUGUACUUUCCAUUGAAGGAAAUGUAGAAAUGGACGCCAGUAUAAUGCAUGGUGAAAUGUUAGAAGCUGGAGCAGUGGGUUGUAUUAAAAAUUUUGCCAACCCUAUUUCAAUAGCCAGAAAAGUUAUGGAAAAAUCUUCUCAUGUAUUAUUGAUUGGCGAAGGGGCUUCAAAAUUUGCCGAACUUGAAGGUUUUGAACUUUUACCAGAUGGCAGCUUAGUUACGGAAAAUGCAAGAAACAAAUUAGAAAAAUACAAAAAAAUUAAAUCUGAAAUUGACAAAGACAAUUGUGGCACAGUUGGAGCAGUUGCAUUGGAUAAAUUUGGCCAUGUUGUUGCAGCAACGUCUACAGGAGGCUUAAUUGGCAAAUUACGAGGAAGAGUGGGUGAUACAGCACAAAUCGGUUCAGGUACUUAUGCCGAUGAUAAUGUUGGAGCUGUAUCUGCAACAGGUCAUGGUGAAUCCAUAAUAAAGUUUUGCUUGGCCCAUCGUAUAAUACUGGCUAUGCAACAAUCAUCUGAUGAUCGCAUUAGCACUCAAGAAGCUACAAAAUGUUCCAUAGAUGCAUUAACUAAAAAGUUAAACGUUGGGGUAGGUGCAAUUUCUGUAAGCCGCUGUGGAGAAAUUGGAAUAUAUCACAGCUCAGAAAACAUGUCUUGGGCAUAUAGUGUAAUGGGCGAAGAUAUAAUUAAAUUUGGCAUAAAAUUCGAUAAAUGUAAUCAAGAGCCAAUAUAA